CCGAUCAACAACUUAUCCUUACACAGAAACCCAGAUGUACAGCCAAAACACUGGAGGAAAUUAUUUUGAUACUCAAGGAAGUUCUGCACAGGUGACAACAGUGGUCUCAUCUCAUAGCAUGGUGGGCACUGGAGGGAUUCAGAUGGGUGUCACAGGAGGACAACUCAUUAGCAGCUCAGGAGGGACCUAUCUGAUUGGCAAUUCAAUGGAAAAUUCUGGCCAUUCAGUGACUCAUACAACGCGGGCCUCCCCAGCGACAAUUGAAAUGGCGAUUGAGACACUGCAAAAGUCUGAUGGUCUGUCCACUCACAGAAGCUCUCUUCUCAACAGCCAUCUUCAAUGGCUUUUAGACAACUAUGAAACUGCAGAAGGAGUGAGCCUUCCAAGAAGUACUCUUUACAACCAUUACUUACGACAUUGUCAGGAACACAAGUUGGAUCCAGUCAAUGCUGCCUCCUUUGGAAAACUCAUACGGUCAAUCUUCAUGGGAUUACGAACCAGAAGACUUGGAACUAGAGGGAACUCCAAAUAUCAUUACUAUGGGAUUCGUGUCAAGCCAGACUCUCCUCUUAAUCGACUGCAAGAAGACAUGCAAUAUAUGGCUAUGAGACAACAGCCCAUGCAGCAGAAGCAGAGGUAUAAGCCUAUGCAGAAAGUGGAUGGAGUUGGAGAUGGCUUCACAGGAAGUGGUCAACAGACAGGCACAUCUGUUGAGCAAACUGUAAUUGCCCAAAGUCAACAUCACCAACAGUUUUUAGAUGCAUCUCGAGUACUUCCAGAGUUUGGAGAAGUUGAAAUAUCUUCUCUACCAGAUGGUACUACCUUUGAGGACAUCAAAUCACUGCAGACUCUUUAUCGGGAGCAUUGUGAGGCAAUACUGGAUGUGGUUGUGAAUCUUCAAUUCAGCCUGAUAGAAAAAUUGUGGCAAACUUUCUGGCGCUAUUCUCCCUCUGCUCCAUCUGAUGGCACUACUGUUACUGAACCAAGCAAUCUGAGUGAAAUAGAAAGUCGACUUCCAAAAGCAAAGCUGAUUACUCUGUGCAAGAAUGAGUCUAUUCUGAAAUGGAUGUGUAACUGUGACCAUGUGAUGUACCAGGCUUUGGUGGAGAUUCUCAUUCCUGAUGUCCUUAGACCUAUUCCUAGUGCCUUGACCCAAGCCAUUCGCAAUUUUGCAAAAAGCCUUGAAGGUUGGCUUUCAAAUGCCAUGAACAAUAUUCCACAGAGGAUGAUACAAACCAAGGUUGCCGCUGUAAGUGCCUUUGCCCAGACUCUGCGAAGAUACACAUCUCUUAAUCACCUGGCUCAAGCAGCUCGUGCUGUGCUUCAGAAUACUUCUCAGAUCAACCAGAUGCUCAAUGAUCUUAACCGUGUUGAUUUUGCCAAUGUUCAGGAGCAGGCUUCCUGGGUGUGCCAGUGUGAUGACAACAUGGUUCAGAGACUAGAAACAGAUUUCAAGAUGACUCUUCAACAGCAGAGCACUCUGGAGCAGUGGGCUGCCUGGCUUGAUAAUGUAAUGAUGCAAGCAUUGAAACCAUAUGAAGGAAGACCCAGCUUUCCUAAAGCAGCACGGCAAUUUCUCUUAAAAUGGUCUUUCUACAGCUCAAUGGUGAUUCGAGAUUUAACCUUGCGCAGUGCUGCUAGCUUUGGCUCUUUUCAUCUGAUCCGCUUGCUUUACGAUGAAUACAUGUUUUACUUAGUAGAACAUCGUGUUGCUCAGGCAACAGGAGAGACACCUAUUGCAGUUAUGGGAGAGUUUGGUGAUUUAAAUGCUGUGUCCCCUGGAAAUAUGGAUAAAGAUGAGGGCAGCGAAGUUGAAAGUGAAAUAGAUGAAGAGCUGGAUGAAAAUGGAGAGCCACAAGCCAAGAGAGAGAAAACAGAGCUAAACCAGGCAUUCCAGGUGGGCUGCAUGCAGCCAGUGCUUGAGAGCGGAGUACAGCAGAACCUCCUGAACCCGAUUCAUAAUGAGCACAUUGUUGCAACUACUCAGACUAUCAGACAAUGCAGUGCUACUGGAAAUACAUACACUGCAGUCUAAUGUGAAACCUCCCUCCUCAACACACACCCCAUUACAUUAGCCCUUCGGGUUUAAUA